AUGUUAUGCAUUUCUUUGCACUCCCAGGUCCCUACUUCAACUGAGGACUCCGAUUUCGAGGGCCCUGAAGAUGAAAUGCAGGUUUUGUGCCAUGGUCACGGGAAGUUAGCAGAGAGGCGCGUUGCUUUUGAAGGAAUUCUAACUGGGAGGAGGUUUCUCUGUUGCGCUGAGAAGGAAGGUAGAGACUGUGGACUAGUUAAAUGGAUUGAUCCUGCUUGGCCCAAUACCCUUGAGAAUGCAUUGCACAAGUUAUGGUUGAUGUAUGAAGACAACAAGAGACAGAGGGCUGAGGACACUCUGAUGAAUUCUUUUGAAGUUCAUAACCUGACACAAGAGAAGAAAAAGUUGCAGGCCAGCUAUGAGAAGCUGGUUGAAGAUGUCAAUGCACUUGUGGAUGCCCAGCAACGUAGGGUAGAGUUAGAAAAGACAGAUGCUGAUACCAAGAAGUUGGAGGAUACGUAUGAGAUGGUGAAGAACCUGUCAGCUGCUCAGGCCAGUGUCAUUAGGAACAUGAAGCUCAAGCUAGCUGAAGAGAGGAAGAACUUACAGAUCCAAAUUGAUGAGCUGCAGAAGAGUGUUGAAGAGAGCUAUGUGAAGUUGCAGGAGAGCAAUGUGAAGCUGCAGGAGAGCAAUUUGAAGAUGCAGGGGAUCAAGGCCAUCCUAAAUGAAUGA